AUUGAAAUCUAUUGUCUAAUCUCGAUAUACACCCUCAGUCUAAAAAAUCCACCGAUUUCCGAUUUUUCUCAAAAUCAUAAUAAUUCGCUGCAUCCCAAUUUGCAAAUUCCAUAGUUUGUAAAGAGAGGAAAAAAGGAUCAGCGGAGUUCUGGGAAAAACUGAUCAAUCCACAGUAGAUGCAAUGCUGGUCCUGGUGCUGGGGGAUCUCCACAUUCCGCAUCGAUGCAGUACCCUUCCAGCCAAGUUUAAGAAACUUCUAGUGCCCGGACGGAUUCAUCACAUCCUGUGUACGGGGAAUCUCUGCACCCGGGACACGUAUGAUUACCUAAAGACACUGGCAAGUGAUGUUCACAUUGUCCGUGGGGAUUUUGACGAUGGGCACGCAUAUCCCGAUCACAAGGUUGUCACUGUUGGACAGUUUCGGAUUGGCCUGACGCACGGGCACAAAAUUAUGCCAUGGGGUGACCCCGAGGCAUUGGCUUUCCUGCAGAGGCAACUCAAUGUGGACAUUCUCAUUUCCGGGCAUACACACAAAUUUGAGGCGUACGAGCAUGAGAGUCGCUUCUAUAUCAAUCCAGGCUCUGCAACUGGUGCCUAUAGUGCUAUCAGUGCAAAAGCAACCCCCUCCUUUGUUCUCAUGGACAUCCAGAGCGCUACUGUGGUCACCUACGUCUACCAAUUGAUUGGGGACGAAGUAAAGGUGGAGCGUAUCGAAUAUAAGAAAAACUAAAAUUUCCCAAUAAAGGCUCUUAGUUUUGUGGAAAAUUAA